AUGCUCAGCUCUCUCAAAAUUAAGCCUGGAAGGCUCAUGAAGACCAUCCAUGAAACUGCCGACAUGUUUGGCGCCGCUUUUCCCUGGGGAAAAGAUCCCACGGAGACUGGCUUGCUUCGAUUGGCCCUCACUGAUAUGGAUAAAGGUGCCAGAGAUUGGUUUGCCAAAGAAGUAAAGUCUCUGGGAUGCGAGUACAAGGUUGAUGAGCUUGGAAACCAAUUUGCCAUUUAUCCAGGUAAGGAUAUGAGUGCUAUCCCAACUGGUGUGGGCUCGCAUCUCGACUCUCAACCAACUGCAGGUCGUUACGAUGGUCCAUUGGGAGUCCUAUCUGGUCUUGAAAUUCUCAGAACUUUGAAGGAAAGCAACUACGUUCCAAACUAUCCAAUUGCCUUGAUCAACUGGACUAAUGAAGAAGGUGCUCGAUUCCCUUAUCCGCUCUUGGGAUCCUCCGUUUAUGCAGGCAUCAAGCCCAAGGAAGACAUGUACUCCAUCAAGGCUAUCGAUGGUUCUCAUCCAACCGUUCUAGAGGAAUUGGAAAGAAUUGGCUAUAAAGGAGACACUGAAUGUGCAUUCGAAGCGAACCCAGUUGCUUGUCAUUUUGAGAUCCAUAUUGAGCAGGCUCCGUAUUUGGAGCGUGGAAACAAAAAGAUCGGAGUCGUUACUGGAGUCCAAUCUUACUGCUGGGAGGAAAUCACCGUUACUGGUAAAUCUUCUCACACAGAAACUACUCCCCUGGAUGACAGAGCCGAUCCAAUGCUAGCUGCUGCUAAGAUGAUCGCAAAAUCCAGAGAAAUUGCACUCAAAUACGACGGUUUGGUCAGCACUGGACUCAUUGAAGCCAGCCCAAGAUCCUUUAACGUUCUUCCCGAGACAGUAAAAUUCUCGUUGGAUACGAGAAAUUACGACGAUGCUAAACUAGAUGCCAUGUUGGUUGAACUUAAAGAAGAAUUCGCCAAAAUUGCCGAGGAGUGUAUUGGGAAAGAUAGUAAGAUCCCCAUCACCAUUGAUUACAACCAUCUCAUGACCUCCAGAAGAGCUUACUUCCACGAGGACUGCAAAGAUUGUAUCAGAGACGCUUCCCAUGAGGUUGUUGGCGAGGAAUAUACCAUGGAUCUUGUUGCACGUGCUUGCCAUGAUUCCAAGGCCAUGAGUACCAUAGUCCCCACUGCCAUGGUCUUCAUCCCAUGCAGAGACGGUCUCAGUCACAACCCAAGAGAGUUCAGCACUCCAGAGCAAUGUGAGGACGGAUUCAAGGUGCUGAUGGGUGCUGUUUUGAGAUACGAUCAACUUCGUGCCAGCAGAGCAUGA